ACUCCAUGCUUAAUUUCAUUUCCCUCACUUAAUUUUUGUUAGUUGCAUUUUAAUCACCCUCUCUCUCUCUCUCUCUCUUCAUGGCUCUCUUUCUCUCUCUUCUUCUCAUUUUCAUGUUCCCUUCUUGCAAUGCUGAUAACCCACCCUCACCUGGAUACUACCCUAGUUCCACAAUUGGUUCAAUAGGGUUUAACCAAGGUUUUAGAAACCUAUGGGGUCCUGAGCAUCAAAAUGUAGACCAAGGAUCUUUAAAAAUUUGGCUUGAUACUAGCUCAGGCAGUGGUUUCAAGUCGCUGAAUUCAUAUCAAUCCGGAUAUUUUGGUACUGCUGUCAAGCUUCAAUCUGGCUAUACUGCAGGAGUGAUUACGUCAUUUUAUCUUUCAAACAAUGAGGAGUAUCCAGGAUACCACGAUGAGAUUGACAUAGAGUUUCUUGGAACGACGCCGGAUAAGCCUUAUGUGUUGCAAACAAACGUGUUUAUUAGAGGAAGUGGGGACGGAAAUAUUAUAGGACGAGAGAUGAGGUUUCACCUUUGGUUCGAUCCCACACAAGAUUUCCACAACUAUGCCAUACUGUGGAACCCUAGUGAGAUCAUAUUCUUUGUCGAUGAUGUCCCAAUUAGAAGGUACCCAAGAAAAAGUGAUGCUACAUUUCCAUUAAGACCUAUGUGGGUCUAUGGAUCCAUAUGGGACGCCUCGUCAUGGGCCACCGAGGGGGGCAUGUACAAGGCAGAUUAUCGAUACCAACCCUUCAUUGGUAGGUAUAGCAAUUUCAAACUCGGUGGGUGCACAAGUGAUGGACCUAGCUCGUGCAAUCCUCCUUCAGGCUCACCAUCUGGCUCGAGCGGUUUGAGUCAACAACAGUAUACGGCCAUGGAAUGGGUCCAGAGGAACUACAAGGUGUAUGACUAUUGUCAGGAUCCAAAGAGAGACCAUAACCAAAUACCAGAGUGUUAGGGUUUUGGUCACAGCACACACAUUGUACUUUGAUUAUAAGACUUAUUUUUGAAAAAAUAUUAACUACUCAGUAUUUUUAUCUCAAAAAUUAUCUCAAAAGUUAUGUCUAUGUUGUAAAUUCAAAAUUGGCAUGCAUAA